UGAUGGAAUUACUCUGCAUGGUCAGGUGGCCCUGAUAUGCAUUUGAUGUUUUAACUUCAUUGGAUUGUGUGUUGUAAGCCAGCUGACUCCCACUUCAGGAAUGGCUCCACAAUUCCGCAGUUACGUCUGGGAUCCUGCUCUUAUUCUCUCACAGAUUGUGCUCAUGCAGGCCAUUUACUACAGCUCCCUGGGGCUAUGGUUGGCUCUGGUGGACAGCUUGGUUCAAAACAGCCCUUCUCUUGACCAGAUUUUCAGUUAUGAGGUAGGACAUUCUUCUUUGGGCCAGGAGGGCAAAAUCUUAAUAGUUAAGAGGGAAUCAGAUGGCUCUGGGGGAAAUGCUGCAAACUGACAUGAUUGCUGCCGUCACUUGCCUACGAUAUCCACGG